AUGGCGUCCCUAGGAGACGACCUACUCACUACUGUCAACAAGUUGCAAGACCUAGUCUUCAAUACUAUUGGCAGUGAUUCGCUUGAUCUUCCACAGAUUGUGGUUGUCGGCUCCCAGUCGGCCGGAAAAUCCUCCGUACUUGAAAAUAUUGUUGGCCGUGACUUUCUGCCUCGUGGAAGUGGCAUUGUCACUAGACGGCCCCUGAUCUUGCAGCUGAUCAAUGUCCCCGAAGACGAAAAUGCCGCCGACCCUCUGCAAGAUCCAUAUAGGUCUCCUGACGUUGCUCGACGAUCCGAAUGGGCGGAGUUCCAUCAUAUCCCAAACCGACGCUUUAACGACUUUUCAGACGUGAAGCGCGAAAUAGAGAACGAAACGUCUCGUGUGGCGGGCAACAACAAGGGCAUUAACAGACAACCCAUUAACCUAAAAAUCUACUCUCCACAUGUCCUCAAUCUGACUCUGGUCGAUCUUCCGGGGCUCACAAAGGUCCCAAUCGGCGACCAGCCCACAGAUAUCGAAAAACAGACGCGCAAUCUAAUCUCCGAGUACAUCGCUAAGCCUAACAGUAUCAUUCUCGCUGUUUCUCCAGCCAAUGUUGAUAUUGUUAACUCGGAGGCCCUGAAGCUUGCCCGCCAUGUUGACCCCUUGGGAAGGAGAACGAUCGGUGUGCUUACCAAGGUUGAUCUCAUGGACCAUGGUACAAACGCACUAGAUAUCCUGUCAGGCAGGGUCUAUCCGCUCAAGCUGGGCUUCAUUGGUGUUGUGAACCGCUCGCAGCAAGAUAUUCAGGGCAACAAGCCCAUGGAAGAAGCUCUUAAAGCUGAGUCAGAGUUUUUCAGGCAUCAUCCGGCCUAUCGCAACAUUGCCAGCCGAUGCGGGACUCAGUACUUGGCGAAAACGCUAAACACAACACUCAUGGCUCAUAUUCGGGAGCGCAUGCCUGAUAUCAAGGCACGUCUCAACACUCUUAUGGGGCAAACCCAACAGGAGCUGGCCAGCUAUGGGGACAUGCAUUUUAGUGGAAAAGAGCACCGUGGAUCCCUGAUUUUACAGCAGAUGACACGCUUCGCUACAUCAUUUAUCUCUUCUAUCGACGGUACCUCGACCGAGAUUUCUACCAAGGAGCUAUGCGGUGGUGCACGUAUCUACUACAUCUUCAACUCGGUUUUCGGCAGUUCCCUAGAAUCCAUUGAUCCAACCUCCAACCUGUCGGCUUUGGAUAUCCGCACUGCAAUCCGAAACUCUACGGGUCCUCGUCCUAGUUUGUUCGUACCGGAAAUGGCAUUUGACUUGCUCGUGAAGCCUCAGAUUAAACUUCUCGAAAUUCCGAGUCAUCGAUGCGUCGAACUUGUUUACGAAGAACUCAUCAAGAUAUGUCACACAUGUGGUUCGACGGAGCUGUCGCGCUUUCCGAGAUUGCAAGCAAAGUUGAUCGAAGUUGUUUCAGAUCUCCUGCGUGAACGCUUGGGGCCCACCUCGUCCUACGUUGAGUCUUUGAUAUCGAUCCAGCGCGCAUAUAUCAACACGAACCACCCUAACUUCCUAGGAGCUGCUGCUGCUAUGAGUAAUGUCGUCAGCAACAAGCAGGAAAGGGAGCGGAAACGUCUCAUCCAAGAAGAAAGAGAAAGACGAGAAAAGAGGAGGCUGAAAGAGCUUGGCUCCAACGGAACCGAGGCACCCGAGGAGGAAGAGGAGUCUACUGCCACUGAUAAGGCCGACCCAACGGCUCUUCGGAAGCAGGCAAGUAAAGGAGCGCGAAGCCUGUCACCGGGCGUGAGGGAAAAUGGCACUACUGGCCUUAAUGCAGCUCUGAAUGGCGUUCGAUCAGCUUCUCCGUCGAGGUUUAAUGGCCAGGGCCUUGGUGGCGCACGAGACUCAUUUCUGACUUACUUUUUCGGCAAGGACGGUGCCUCGCCCAUCGGAGCCGCGCAGGGCCUCUCACCUGCACCCAAUUCCUCCAUUGCCCGCCAUGUGAGCCAAACUUCUGAACCCACAUUCUCGCAGAGCAUUCGCCGAACCGAGGACAAGGUAGCGCUGCGUGCCCCUGCCCAGUCUUCAGCUCGUGAGGAUGAGCUCGACUUUAACAAGCCUGCCAGACCUGUAGAUUUUGGUGCCCCGUUCGGCGCGACUGGCGGUGAACCGGCCAUGACAGAGCGAGAGGCUAUGGAAACGGAGCUAAUUCGAGCUCUCAUUUCUUCGUACUUCAAUAUCGUUCGGGAAUCUAUUGCUGACCAAGUGCCCAAGGCUGUUAUGCACUUGCUCGUCAAUCACUGCAAGGAUGUUGUACAAAACAGACUUGUUAGCGAACUGUACAAGGAGGCUCUAUUCGAGGAACUGCUGUACGAAGACGACGGCGUCAAGAAGGAACGCGAGAAGUGUGAAAAGCUGCUUCAGACGUACAGGGAGGCUGCUAAGAUCAUUGGCGAAGUGUUAUAG